GUAGGCAGGCAGGCACAUUGGUAUAUCUCAUACAUAUGCCCAAUUGCAUACCUACCUACCUAGGUAUGCAUUGUAUCAAGACUCUGACGGAACCAGCCCAUGUUUUUAUGUGUACAGAUCACGGAGAGAGAUGCUGAGGAGAGCGAGACGAGGAAGAUCCCAAAGCUUGGAGUCGGGAUAAUUGCGAACCCCGAAUGCCACAUAGUAUAUCGGCACCGUAGUAAGACGCUAGAGUUUACCGAGAACUGGCCUUUCAUUUUCUUGCAUUUUCUUGCAUUUCUUUUUUUCUAUACGCCGUAAAUUGCUGCACAACUUUUCCCCAACUAUGUAUGUACGAAUACGCGAGAUCGCUGAUUGGUUGGGCUGUUUCUUUUUUUUUGACUCAACCUGGCUGGAACAAGGGGGAUCGGGGGCCUAGAUCUACCAGGUUAGGCAUGACACAGAGUUGCUACCUAGUUGCUAGGCACACCUUAUAGGACAGGCAGGGUAACAAUUCGCGAUGACGAUAGAAGGAAGGACGCGUAAAAGUUACAUAAGGGUAGCGAGAUGAUAUAUCACUAUUGUUUUCUACGUAUAUCUAUCUUAGUAUCUAUCAAUCUAGGUUAGAAUACUUGAUAAUCAUACAUACAUAUGAGCAGCGCAGGGUGUUUAAUCGAACCCGUGCUAAGCUAUCAGCCAUGGACAAAGAAACCCUAGAGCCCAAAAAGGCUCUCUUCGACGAGGACGAGAAGAAGAAGCCCACAGCCGCCGGCGAUGCGACAACCACCGCGGAGGAGGAGAAAGCCCAGCGCGAUUCCAAACUCCGACCGGAGAGGGAGGCGACAUUUAAAGACUACAUAAGAGUCUUCAAGUAUGCUCAGUUCUGGGAUAUCGUCCUCAUGAUCGCCGCGUUCGUGGCGGCCGGUGGAUCGGGUGUCACGAUGCCGUUGAUGAAUGUCGUCUUCGGCGCAUUGGUCGGAGACUUCACUGGCUACUUCCUCCCCGCCCCCACAAGCACCGAGGCCCAGUUCCGGACUUCACUCAACAGGAAUGCGCUUUAUCUCUUGAUUCUGUUCCUGGCGAAAUUCGUCUUGACCUAUAUCAGCAAGUUCACCAUACGACUUAUCGGCAUCCGAAUGUCCGCCGCCAUCCGGCUAGAUUACCUUCGUUCUCUGUUCGGCCAGACGAUCCACGUCAUGGACUCGAUGCCUCCUGGCUCUGCUGCAGGGACGAUCACGACCACGGCCAACACGCUGCAGCUAGGGAUCUCGGAGAAACUCGGCGUCUUCGUCGAAUACACGGUGACGAUCAUCGCCGCCACCAUAAUCGCCUUCACCUACAGCUGGUCGCUAGCCCUCGUUACCUGCUCCGUGCUGCUCUUCAUCUCCCUUACCGUGGGCACCAUCGUCCCGUUUUACCUGAAGGCCACGGCUAGGAUUACUAAAGCGGAGACGAAAUCUUCCUCGAUAGCCAGCGAGGCCUUCUCCGCUAUCCGCAUGGUCGUUGCGUGCGGUGCCGAGUCCCAGGUCGCGAAGCGCUUUGCGGUCUGGGCCGAUGCAGCAAAGAAGCAUGGCCAGAGGUCGUCGCCCCUGAUAGGCACGCAGUUCGCGAUCAUCUUUUUCGCCCUCUUCUCCACAUUCGGCCUGGCGUUCUGGUUCGGUGCCAAGUCCUUUGUCGAAGGCCGCGUGAGCAAUGUGGGCACUAUCAUCGUGGUGUUGAUGUCGGUUAUGAUGAUGGUCAUGUCUCUCGAGCGGAUGUCGACGCCGCUUAUUGCCGUUGGUAAGGCCACCGUGGCGGCUUGUGAGUUCUUCACCGUCAUUGAUGCCCCCCGGCCGAAUGUUGGUGGGCUCGAGGGUCCGGAAAUCUCGGCGACAGACGAUAUCGUGUUUAAGGAUGUGGAUUUCGCAUACCCAAGUAGACCACAUGUAAAGGUUCUGGAUCAACUCAACCUCACGAUCGAGUCUGGGAAGAUAACGGCUAUAGUUGGACCUUCGGGAUCGGGUAAGAGCACGAUUGUCGGCCUGAUCGAACGCUGGUAUACUUUACGCGACCAACACAUCAUUGCAAAGGCCAUCGAAAAAGACAAGAAGAAAGAGAAGGAGGCGAUAAACAAAGCUAAGGGUAAGAAGAAUAAGAAGAAUAAGAGCAAGGAUGAAUCGGAUGACGAUACUCCCCCUGAACCCGAAGAAACCGGCGCGAUUGUUGAACUAAAGGGAUCGAUAUCUACCGAGGGUCACGAACUCGACGAAAUUCAUAUGAAAUGGUGGCGAUCUCAGAUCGGGCUUGUCCAGCAGGAGCCAUUCCUAUUCAACGAUACUAUCUUCAAGAAUGUUGCGUAUGGGUUGAUAGGUUCAGACCUCGACAAGGAACCCGAAGAGCGGAAAAGGGAGUUGGUCAAAGAGGCUUGCAAGGAGGCCUUUGCGGACGAGUUCAUCGACCGCCUCCCUGACGGCUAUGAGACUCUUGUUGGCGACAACGGGACGAAGCUUUCCGGCGGCCAGCGCCAGCGCUUAUGCAUUGCCCGAGCCAUCAUCAAAAGACCGAAAAUCCUUAUCCUCGACGAGGCCACGUCCGCGAUCGAUGUCCGAGGCGAGCGCAUUGUUCAGGCGGCGAUGGACAAGGUAUCCCAGAACCGAACGACCAUCACGAUCGCCCACCGACUCUCGACCAUCAAGAAAGCCAAUACCAUCGUGGUCCUCCAGAAAGGCAAGGUCGUGGAGAAGGGUGACCACGAGUCGCUCCUGAAGAACGCGGAAGGGGUUUACUAUGGCCUCGUCCACGCCCAACAGCUUUCUCUCGGAGACCCUACCGAACCUGAUUCUGAUUGUCCAGAGGAAGAGGAUUUUGGGGCGAUUCUAAGUCGUGAAAAGAGCGCCGCUUUCAGUGAUACCGCAAACGCGCCUGAGAAGGUGCAGUAUAAGCUACAAGGCUUGAUCAGAAGCUUCGGGCGGUUGUUAUGGGAACAGCGGUCUCGAUUCCCGUUCUAUGUCGUCACGGUUAUCGCUGCCAUGUGCACAGCUGCCGCGUCUCCAAUGCAAGCAUACCUCUUCGCGCAGAUUAUAGUUGUCUUCACUUACGCCAACGAUCUACCACGAUUCACAACCGAAGCUAACUUCUGGUCCUUGAUGUGGGUGGUGCUGGCGAUCGCUGUUGGCAUGUCUUACUUCAUCCUGUACACCGUAUCAACCCAUCUUGCACAUUAUAUCUCUACCGCCUACCGAAAGCAAUACUUCGAAGCCAUCCUUUAUCAGAAGACCUCCUUCUUUGAUGAAGAGCAGAACUCCACGGGUUCGCUAACAGCUCGGGUCGGGAGCGACCCAAAGCAACUGGAGGAACUCCUCGGCGUAAAUAUGGGCAUGGUGUAUAACUCAUUUUUUACGCUGAUCGGCUGCUUAGCUAUAGCUUUCGCCUUUGGUUGGAAACUUGCGCUCGUUGCCACAUGCGUUACUAUGCCCAUAGGGCUUUCGACGGGGUAUCUGCGACUGAGAUACGAGCUAGACUUCGAGAAGAUGUAUGCAGAGGUUUUCGCCCAAUCCUCGAAGUUUGCUGCCGAAGCCAUCGCGGCCUCUCGUACGGUUUCCUCGCUCACACUCGAAGACACCAUUUGUGACCGCUACCAGGGCUUGCUUGAUCACCACGUUGUAGAAGCUUACAAGCAAGCCAGGUGGAAGACGCUGGUGUUUGCCCUUUCGGAUAGUGUUGGUUUGGCCUGCCAGGCUCUCAUAUUCUGGUACGGCGGAACACUGCUAGCAACUCGAGAAUAUGAAGUCAUGAACUUCUUCAUCUGCUACAUGGCUGUGAUCCAGGGAGCCGAAGGGGCCGGCCAGGGGUUUGGCUUCGGGCCAAAUGCGGCUCAGGCCUCGGCCGCCGCCAACCGUAUUCUAAGCAUCCGCGAGACCCGCAACCACGACCUGAGUGACGCAAGUGCCAAGAUCCCUGACACGGAAGGCGGCGUCAAGAUCGAGCUCCGGGACGUGCACUUCAAGUACCCGACGCGGAACGUAUCCGUGUUCAAGGGCAUCAACAUCACGAUUGAGAAGGGACAGUUCGCCGCGCUGGUGGGCGCCUCAGGGUGCGGCAAAACCAGUAUCAUCUCGCUGCUGGAGCGCUUCUACGACGUUCAGCACGGCCAGAUCCUCGCCAAUGACACCGACAUCGCCAGUGUAAACGUGUACGACUACCGGCGACACCUAUCGCUCGUGGCGCAGGAGGCGACGCUGUUUCAGGGCACAUUGCGCGAGAACGUGCUUCUGGGCAUCGACCCCGCCACCGUGACCGACGAGGACCUACACGCCGCAUGCCGUGAUGCCAGCAUUCACGAAUUCAUUGUCUCACUCCCCGAGGGUUACAAUACCGAGAUCGGCAGCCGUGGCGUCUCGCUCUCCGGCGGUCAGAAGCAGCGCAUCGCCAUCGCUCGCGCGCUGAUCCGACAACCCGAAGUCCUGCUGCUUGACGAGGCCACCAGCAGCCUUGACUCUGAGAGCGAGAAGCUCGUGCAGAAGGCCUUUGAGCGCGCUGCUGCCGGACGGACCAUGGUUGUUGUCGCGCACAGACUUGCUACUGUGCAGAAUGCCGACGUCAUUUUUGUCCUGGGCGAGGGCAAGGUCCUUGAAAAGGGCUCCCAUGUCGAGUUGCUAAAGAAGAAGGGAGUUUACUGGAAUAUGUGCCAGAGCCAGGCUCUCGACAGAUAG